AUGAGCAACGAGACUCAUCGAAAGGGAUUGGUUGAAGCCGCGUCGGAUUCUGGGUGUGUGUUGACCGUUACAGCAGUGAUGGCAGAGGGGACCGGCGCAGGUAUGGCAAGCCGAUUGAAUGCCGUUCAGGAACAUUACUUAAAGCGGGAGUUCUUGAAGUUCCAGCUGUUGAAAGAGUUUGAGCAGUUCAAUGAUCCUCGGGCGCUGAGGAGGUUUGGGUACCCGUUCUCUGCGGGGGACCCGAAAGACAGUGCUGGAUCCCGGACGGUGCAGGAUACCGAGUUUCCCAUGUGCAGCUUCAUUUUGCGAGAGUUUAUCAUGACUUUCCCGCUGCUGUCGAAGAACAUUGCCGUUGACGAGUCCUUCUGGCAGCAGAAGGUACAAGUGUUCUUCGAGCACUUCAUGAGUCUCGGGUUUAGCGAGAGCUACGACAGGGAUAAGGCGACGAAGCGGAGGAAAAUUAGCAUGAAACUGACGAAGAUCAUUCUGCUGCUGUUUAAUUCCGGGGUCGGCACGUUGCAGGAAGUCGCCUAUUACAACAACGACAAAUUCACUUUGCAAGCGAACGUGAGGGAGCGAUCCAAAGUGGAGGAAUUUGCAAUACCCACGAGGGAGACCCUCCAGUACUUCGUCACCUCGGAGCCCAUGUACAUAAACCACUGGGAUAUAAACGUGAUUGCCGUCGUCAAGGAGUCGCUGCUAUUUGACCACAAACGGAAGAAAUCAGCGAAUGCUGGUGCUGGUGCUGGUGCAUCUUCCAGUCUCAACUACUAUACAAGCAGUACCCUAAAGAGUUUUUCAAACACCUCCAAAUGGAUGACGAAGACAAUAGUGUCGACGCCGUCCAAUCUACUCUCCAAGUUGUCGAUCAAGAACGGGAACGACCAGUCGUCCUCCGGGCCAAGUGGAGGCAGUUCAAACUGUAGUUACUACUUCAUCAUACGGGUCAGAUACAAGGAGAGUCCCGAGCAAGCAGUGUACACCGCUAAAACAUACAACGAUUUUAAGAAGUUUGCCCAUAAUUUGAAGGAAUCAGCACCGGGCCAUAAGUUCCCGAAAUUACCGCAUAAAACAAAGAAAUCUAUAUCUGUUGUUACGCGAAAUGAAACGUUGCCCGACGGUAGAGUGCCGUCCAACCCAACGGAGCAGAUCGUCCACAGUUUUGAAACAGAAACGCAAUCUUUACUGGCAUCAGCAAACCAAUCUGCAGAAUCACUAAAUAAGAGCAGAGCUCAAAACGCAGUCGAUGUGUUCAGUAACGACGAUGAGGACGAGGACGAGACCACUUUUGAGGAUUUCGAGGACGCAAUGGACACAAAGACGAACAAGUUGGCGCACGAGAAGAUGAGGACGUCGUUGCGGCAGUACCUCAGAAGCUUAUCGAAGGACAAAGAUACGUCCGUCAAUCCGUUAUUUAGCUCUUUCCUGACCACGGAUGACGUUGUUGAAUUCGAAAAGUUUAAAGAAGAGGUAAGGGAGGAUAUCAGGAACAGGCAGUUGGUUGAUAUCAACGUUCUAGUGACGCAACUGAAGUUCCAGAAACUGGCAUUGGAAAAAUCUCUGAAACUACAGGACUCUAUGAAGGAUUUGAAGACCUCUCUACUUCAAGACGAAAAGGCGCUUCUGUCGUAUGUCAACGAGAUCAAGGAAAAGGAGCACAUUGCUGAACUGUCGCAGUCCUUGCAAGCAUUCAUUGAGUGGUUCAAGAUAUAUUUUGCUUCGAUGCUGUACCAGCUAUUCUUGGGGAACGAUAACAGUUACGGCUUCUAUACUCAGAUCAGGAGGCUCCAUAAGUUGAUGCCAUACAGCAUGAUGUCCCAGAUCAUGCGGUUUACGAAUCCGAUGACCAUCAUGAAAAGCUUGAUGGAUCUGUUCAUGGCACAGCCCUUUGGUGGGCACUCGCUUUUGCAGACAAUGUUCUCCUCGAUCCUCAUGGACGAUUUGAGGAGUCAAGCGAACAUCAUAAAGAAUCUGGAAAAGGUCAUCACAAAGGAAUCGCAGUACGCGUCCCAAAUGAUCAAGUCUCUGAAGAAAUUCGUGUUCCCCGAUGACAAAUCUACGCCUCCCUUCACGAUGGAGGACAUUCACAAGGAAUCGACCACAAUGGACAUGCCUACGUGCUUGAUCAUUCUUAUGAAGUAUGCGGAUUUGGGCCAGGUGUCCAGUGAAGCAGUAGACAGUCUGAUCGAUUCGUACAGCAUUUGGAAGGCGGAGCCUGAGUCGACCGGCGGUCAAUAUUUCCAGCACGUAAAGGAGCUGUUGCAGCUGUACAUCAAGGAGCGCGACAAGCGGCUGAUGCGGCAGCUGUGGCAGGACCCGGAGCUCGCGCAGCUCUUGAAGGCGAUGGUCACCAUGAUCUAUGAACCGAUGGUACGCAUCUUCAAAGUGGCGAAGAUGGACGUUGCGCUGAAGAACCUGGAGCGGUUCAUGAGCGACCUGAUCAAGCUGAUGGACAGCAUCAUCAACGGUACACUGGGGACCACCUCGACGCAGUUCAACGUCAUCGAUGCACUCGUGGGGCUCAUAACGAAGCACCAGGACUUGUUCUACAUGUUUGUACACGACGUGUACAUCAACGACACGGAGGGUAUCUUCGAAGGUUUCAUCGUGUGGAUAUCGCGCACCAUCCGAUUCUUACAAAAGAGUAAGUUCGGUGCACCAGAGACGCGGAUCGACCUCGGUGCGCUAGUGGAGCGUGUCUCGGAUGACGUCGACGUGUCUCUGCUGAUCUCACAGCUGGACAGUGUCAUCCAUCAGAAAACGGAAGCCCGUAGGCUGUACCGUGAGCUCGUUGAGCACAAGUUGCACGCGGGGGCAUCCAAACGGAACAUCAGUGUGAACAAGAUGGUGCAGGAGAAGUGGAAGGCAGUAAACGCCAUGGUCGUGCCCAGCAGUUCGCUCUCCCUCGGGCUUGCCGAUGGGGAACUUGUCGAUCUGGACCUCGACGCCAAGGACUACGACUACUUGGAGCGCGACGGCGACGGCGAAGAUGCUGACGGCGGAGGACAGCGACAGCGACGUCAGCCCCUCGGAGUCGAAGUACAGAGACAUGCUCGACCGCGCGGUCGACGAGUCCCACGAUCCGCAGCGCCGCCGCGACCGCCGCAUUCGAGUCGCAACUGA